AUGUCAAAGUGCUUUAAGAAGUCACUCCUGUUUUGCAGGACAAAUGAUCUGACUUUCAAAGAUGCCAUCCGCAAGACUUUGAUCUCUUCUGGAUCUCCUAAUGUCUACCAGCUGAAAACAAAGACAGAAAAGUUUGCAAGUUCAACAAGAGUGACUUUAGGAGACAAAAAUGAGAACCAAACCAAUAAAACCAUUUUACUGGUUGGUGAAACAGGAGCAGGAAAAUCUACCCUGAUCAACGCUCUGGUUAACUAUGCAAUAGGAGUAAAGUUUGAGGAUGACGUUUGGUUUCAGAUUGUUGAAGAGGAGGAGAGAAGAAAUCAAACAGAAAGUCAGACAUCAGAUGUGAUCGUCUAUCAGAUCUUUGGUUUGGAAGGUCAAACUCUGCCGUUCUCUCUGACCAUCAUCGAUACUCCUGGAUUUGGAGACACCAGAGGCUUGGAAAAAGAUGACUCUGUGGGCCAAAGAUUGUUGGACUUGUUCAGAUCAGAAGAUGGAGUUCAUGAGAUCAAUGCAGUGGGUCUGGUGAUGAAGGCCAGUGAUAACCGACUGAGUGACCGACAGAUGUACGUCUUAAAUUCAGUGACGUCUCUGUUUGGAAAAGACCUGGAGAAAAACAUAGUAGCUUUCAUUACUCACUCUGAUGGAAGAAACCCUAAAAAUGCUCUUCAGGCUCUGAAAGCAGCAAAUGUUAAAUCUUCUGAAAAUGAGAUUAUUCACUUUCUGUUUAAUAACUGUCAGCAUGAAGACAGAAGAAACGACAGAGAAUUUCUGGAACUUGCAAAUCAAACAUCAAUGAAAGGACUGAAAAACUUCAUGACUUUUCUGGAAUCAACCAAACCUCAGCCUCUGAAAAUAACUGCUGAGGUUCUGAAUGAACGGAUCAGACUGACGGCCUGCAUCCAGAACCUGCAGGAGAGAAUCAAGGAGAAUGAGCUGAAGCAGAGAGAAAUCAGACAGAUUGAAGAAGCGUGUAAUAAACAUAAGGAAGAGAUGAAGGAGAGCUUUACUAUAGAAGUUGAUGAGGUCUACAAAGAAAAAGAAACAAUCGAUGGAGGAAGGUGGGGUUUGAUGUUUUAUGAAGGAGCCGUCACCUGUUCUGUCUGUGAGGAGAACUGUCACUAUCCAGGAUGCACGAUGGCCUGGAAACCAGAACUCUGUGAGGUCAUGAAGAAGGGGCGCUGCACAGUUUGUACCAACAAGUGUCCUGCAUCAGAUCAUGUGAAAGAAGAAUUGAGAUAUGUGAUAAAGACCAGGAAAGUUCAGAAGACCCUGGAGGAUUUGAAGGAGAAAUAUGAAAAUAAUAAAGAAGAAUGUGAGGGAAAGUCGAGCCUUCUGGAAAACCUUAAACAGGAAAACAGAAAUCUGGAAAUAGAGUGGGCAUCGCUGCUGGAUGAGGCCUACGAGCAUGUUAUGAAACUGGAACAGAUCGCCCUGAAAGUUGAAUCAGUGUCAACUUUGGUCCAUUUGGACUUCCUGAUAGAGAAGAUGAAGGAAAACAGAGACCAGGAGAAAGUCAAGAAUCUGGAGGAGAUGAAAAGCAGAGUGAACGAAGGAACCAAUGCAGCACUAAAAUAUGCAAAAAACUUAUCAUCAGAAUAAGAUUUGGUACAAAGAUCAAUCAAUUGAUCCAUAAAUAAUCAACCAAUCACUAAUUUUGUUUCAUCCAUUCCAUCAUCUGGAUAAGCCCAACGAUGAGUCGAAGAACCACAGGAAUCUCUACAGUAAUUGUUCUGCAUCAGGUGGGAACAUG